AUGAAUAAAAAAACUCUAUGUUCAAUUGAAAAUGAACAAGGUCAUUCAUUAGUAGAUUUAGAACGAUCUUCAUUAGAUUUACAACAGUUGUCAAUGGAUGUAGAAUCUAGCACAUUUGACCAUAUCAUAUCUGAAGACGCGGAAACGCGUGAACCCACAAUCACCGAUUUUAAUGAUACAUCCUAUUCAGAAUCAGAGAAUUGCAAUAAUAUACAGACAGAUGAACUGACAUUUACAAAAGAAUUUAACAAAUGUUUUUUUAGAUGCAUUAGUAUAGGACAAUUCAUCAAUCGUUCUAGAAAAGCAAAUCAAAAUAUUUCUAAUUCUGAACAAGUAAAUACAAAUUAUCCUACAGAAGAACCAUUACUUGAAAACUGUAAUAAGAAAAACAUAAAAAAGGAUGAAACACAUUCAAAAAAGCAUUCUAUAGCUUACCGUUUUGGUUUAUAUAGAAAAUUUUCAUCAUAUUUUCAAAAACAAUCUUUUCAAAAAAAAAAAUUAAAUUAUCGAAUCAUAUAUCUUAAUAAUCGUUUUAAAAAUGCACCAUUCAAUUAUUGUAACAAUUAUGUAUCCACAACAAAAUAUAAUAUUGCAACAUUUCUUCCAAAAUUUUUAUUCGAACAAUUUUCAAAAUAUGCGAAUCUUUUUUUUCUUUUUACAUCAUGUAUACAACAAAUACAUAAUAUUUCACCUACUAACCGCUGGACAACAAUUGGGCCUUUGAUAGUGGUUCUUCUUAUUUCAGCAUUUAAAGAACUUAUAGAAGAUUUUAAACGGCGUUCACAAGACAAAGAACUCAAUCAAUCAGAAGCAUAUACUUUCGAAAAAACAUCUUUUAUUAUUCGAAAAUGGGUUAAUAUUUGCGUCGGUGAUAUUGUUCGUGUUGAAUCCGGACAAAUAUUUCCUGCAGAUCUUGUUCUUAUCUCUUCUUCUGAACCAGAAGGUCUUUGCUAUAUCGAAACAUCCAACCUUGACGGAGAAACCAACUUAAAAAUUAAACAAUCUCUUCCAGAAACAUCAAGUUUUAUAUCACAUAGAAUACUUGCCCAACUAUCAGGAGAAAUACAUUCAGAACAUCCUAAUAAUAGUCUUUAUACAUAUGAAGCAACAAUUAUUCUCAACACUGAUGUAGGAAAAAGGGAACUUCCUUUAACUGCAGAUCAAUUACUUUUACGAGGUGCAUUUCUUCGGAAUACGUCGUGGAUAUAUGGUGUUGUUGUUUUUACAGGACAUGAAACAAAAUUAAUGAAGAAUACAACAUCUUCUCAUAUAAAACAAACAGCUAUAGAAAAAAUUGUUAAUAUUCAGAUUAUUUUCCUUUUCUGUAUGCUUAUUGUUCUCUCAUUAGCAUCUUCUAUUGGUUUAAUUAUCAAACAGCAUCUUCAUGAAAAAAAUUUAGGUUAUCUUUAUCUUGAAAAAAAAAACAAAGUAAAAACAUUUUUUUUAAAUAUUUUAACAUUCUGUGUUUUAUAUUCAAAUCUUGUUCCUAUCAGCCUUUUUGUAACAAUCGAACUUGUGAAAUAUGCACAGGCACAGCUUAUUAAUAAUGAUUUAGAUAUGUAUUAUGAACGUGAUGACAUUCCAACUAUUUGUAGAACUUCAAAUUUAGUUGAGGAACUAGGACAAGUGGAAUAUAUUUUCACUGACAAGACAGGCACUCUUACAUGCAAUCAAAUGGAAUUUUGUAAACUAUCAAUUGCAGGCAUAUCUUAUAUGGACAAUGCUGAUAAAAAACUAAUACUUAAUCCACAUCAAAAAUGUGAUAUUUUUGAUUUUAAGCAAUUAAAUAAAAAUCUUCAUUCACACAAAUCAAAAAACAUUAUUCAUAAUGCUCUUAUUUUACUUGCUACAUGUCAUACAGUUAUACCUGAAAAAAUUGAUGGGCAAGAUGAUAUCAUAUACCAAGCAGCAUCUCCAGAUGAAGGUGCAUUAGUCAAGGGAGCAGCAAAAUUAGGAUAUAUAUUUACAAAACGCCGUCCUAGAUCUGUUUUUGUAUCUAUUCAAGGAGAAGAACAUGAAUUUAGAGUUUUAAAUAUUUGUGAAUUCAAUUCAUCUAGAAAGAGAAUGUCGGUAAUCCUUCUUUGUCCAGAUGGUAAAAUUAGACUUUAUUGUAAAGGCGCAGAUACAGUGAUUUUAGAAAGAUUAUCAAAAAACAGUCUUUAUAGUGAAAAAACAUUACAACAUUUAGAAGACUAUGCUAUAAGCGGACUUAGAACAUUAUGUUUAGCUAUGAGGGAAAUUUCUGAAAAAGAAUAUCAGGAAUGGUCCAUUAUGUAUGAUGAAGCUUCAACAUCUAUCAACAAUCGUACUGCUCAAUUAGAUAAAGUAUCUGAAUUAAUAGAAAAAGAGCUUUUUCUUCUAGGAGCUACUGCUAUUGAAGAUAAACUUCAAGACGGAGUACCUGAAACUAUUCAUACACUUCAAUUAGCUGGAAUUAAAGUCUGGGUUCUUACAGGUGAUCACAAAGAAACUGCUAUAAAUGUUGGAAUAAGCUGUAAACUUAUUACUGAAGACAUGAAUAUCAUUAUUAUAAAUGGAGAAACAAAAAAAAAAAUCUCAGAUUAUAUAACCAAAAAACUAAAAUAUGUCAAAAAUAAAACUAAAAUUGAAACAGAAACAUUGGCUUUAAUAAUUGAUGGAUAUUCAUUAGCGUAUGCACUAGAAAAGGAUAUUGAAAAAAAAUUCAUUAAUCUUGCUGUGUUAUGUAGAACAGUAAUAUGCUGUAGAGCAUCCCCUUUGCAAAAAGCUUUAGUUGUAACUCUUAUUAAAAAACAUCUAAAAGCAACACUUUUAGCUAUCGGGGAUGGCUCAAAUGACAUAUCAAUGAUACAAGCUGCAAAUGUAGGUAUUGGUAUAAGUGGUACAGAAGGAUUACAAGCUGCUCGAAGUGCUGAUAUUGCAAUUGGACAAUUUCGAUAUUUAAAAAAACUAUUAUUAGUUCAUGGAGCAUGGAGUUAUCAACGAUUAAGUAAAUUAAUUCUCUACUCUUUUUAUAAAAAUAUUUCUCUUCAUAUGACACAGUUUUGGUAUGCAUUUAAUAAUGGAUUUUCCGGUCAAGUUAUAUUUGAAUCAUGGACUAUAUCUUUUUAUAAUGUAUUUUUUACUUUUCUUCCACCAAUAGCAAUAGGUGUGUUUGAUCAAUUUUUAAGCGCAAGACUAUUAAAUAGAUACCCACAACUUUAUAAACUUGGCCAGUUUAAAACUUUUUUUAAUGUAAAAAGUUUUUGGUCAUGGAUAGCAAAUGGUUUUUAUCACUCACUUAUUCUUUAUUUUACAUCAAAGUACAUAUUUAAAAAUGAUUUACCGCAAGCAGAUGGAAAAAUUGGAGGUCAUUGGGUUUGGGGAACAACCCUUUAUGCUACUGUUCUUGCUACAGUAUUAGGAAAAGCAGCAUUAAUUAUAAAUUCAUGGACAACAUAUACUAUUUUAGCGAUACCUGGAUCAUUUAUUAUAUGGUUAACAUUUUUGCCUAUAUACACUAUUAUUGCACCAAAACUCGGGAUUUCUGUGGAAUAUUAUGGAAUUAAUUCACGCUUAUAUACAUCACUAGUAUUUUGGGCUACUAUUUUAAUCCUUCCAACAUUAUGCCUAUUACGAGAUUUUGCAUGGAAAUACUAUAAACGAAGUUAUUAUCCACAAGCUUAUCACCGUAUCCAAGAAAUUCAAAAACUUAGCACUACAGAAUAUAAAUCAAAAACGGAACUGUUUCAAAAAACAGUUAGGAAAGUAAGAAAUAUCCAGAGAAUAAGCAAACUACAAAGGGGAUAUGCUUUUAGUCAAGGAGAUAGUGGCCAGACAAAACUUAUACGUGCAUAUGAUACUACCCGAGAACGGGGAAAAUACGAAGUCGAAUAUCAUCAAACUCCAGAAUAA